UCAACACUGGGGAUUUCAGAUUUCCAUGUCUUGUCAUGUUGCUUUGCGUUAUUCCCCCGAGGAUUCAUCUGAUGUUAUGCACGAAUUUACGGGAUUUCUGUCAUUCUAGCUUGAAGGUUAGCGCAGGCUACGUUAGUUAGCUUCAGUUUGACACACAUCCCCCGCACGCUGACAUUAUUAAAGGACCUUUAGAGGAUAAACGCGUAUUUGAGAGACCCACAGUUGAUUUCUCAUCACACCCCCUUCAGACACUGUGAAGCCACGGGCCAUCCUGAUGUCGGAGCCCAAAGCGCCCACCCCGGCCCCUGGGGACACCUAUAAAGGCUGGCUCUUUAAAUGGACUAAUUACAUAAAGGGAUACCAAAGGCGCUGGUUCGUCCUGAGCAAUGGCUUGCUGUCAUAUUACAGGACCCAGGCGGAGAUGGGUCACACAUGUCGGGGCACCAUAAACCUGGCCACAGCCAAUAUCGCGGUGGAAGACUCAUGCAAUUUCGUCAUCUCUAAUGGCGGCACGCAGACGUAUCACCUGAAGGCCAGCUCGGAGGUGGAGAGGCAGCGGUGGAUCACAGCACUGGAGCUGGCCAAAGCCAAAGCUUUCCGCAUGCAGGCUGAGUCGGAUGACUCCGGGGAUGACUCCACUUCUCCUGGAGCAAGUCAGGGCUCAGGCUCACGCAACUCAGAGGUGCAGUCCACCCUCCGGACGCUGGGCAGCAAGGUGGAGGAUCUCAGCACCUGCAACGACCUCAUCGCCAAACACGGCUCUGCACUUCAGCGUUCCUUGUCUGAGCUGGAGGGAGUUCGGCUGGGAGGAGAGACGAGUGAAAAGAUUCGGCAGGUGACGGAGCGAGCCACUCUCUUCCGCAUCACCUCCAACGCCAUGAUCAACGCCUGCCGGGACUUCCUGGCGUUGGCCCAGGCUCACAGUAAGCGCUGGCAGAAAGCCCUGCAGGCUGAGAGAGAGCAGAGAGUGCGACUGGAGGAGACACUGGAGCAGCUCGCCAAACAACACAACCAUCUGGAGAGAGCCUUCAGAGGAGCGACCGUACUGCCUUCAUCCCAGAGCAACCCUGCCAUAGACAGCAAAGGCCCAGUUCCAGGAAAGGGCGACGUCAGUGACGAGGACGAGGAGAAUGAAUUCUUUGAUGCAUGCGAGGACGUUCAAGAGUUUAUCACUGUACCAGCAGACCCCAAAUAUCACAGGAGAUCCGGCAGCAAUGUCAGUGGAAUCAGUAGUGAGCUGGGAAUGGACGACGGGACGACGUCGCUAGAUGAGCAGUCUCUGGGGUCCAAUCCCGAAUCUCCACAGUCCCGGGAAGUAGUGCCUGUGAGAAAGAGGCGGAGCCGAAUCCCAGAUAAACCAAAUUACUCUCUCAAUCUAUGGAGCAUCAUGAAGAACUGUAUCGGAAAAGAGCUCUCCAAAAUCCCUAUGCCUGUGAACUUCAACGAGCCCUUGUCUAUGCUGCAGCGUCUCUCUGAGGAUCUGGAGUACUACGAGCUGCUGGACCGGGGCGCCAAGUGCCAAAGCUCUCUGGAGCAGAUGUGCUACGUGGCAGCUUUCACCGUGUCCUCUUACUCCACUACAGUUCACCGCACGGGCAAACCCUUCAACCCUCUGCUGGGCGAGACAUUCGAGCUGGACCGUGUGCAGGACACUGGCUACAGGUCCCUCUGUGAGCAGGUAAGCCAUCAUCCUCCGGCUGCGGCACAUCACGCGAUCUCCGAGCGAGGCUGGACCCUGAGACAGGAGAUCGCCCUGGCCAGCAAGUUCAGGGGAAAAUAUCUCUCCAUCAUGCCCCUGGGUUCUAUUCAUUGUAUCUUUGAGAAGAGUAACAAUCACUACACCUGGAAGAAAGUCACAACCACAGUGCACAAUAUCAUUGUCGGGAAACUCUGGAUAGAUCAGUCGGGAGAAAUAGAUGUUGUGAACCACAGAACAGGGGACCGCUGUCAUCUCAAGUUCGCCCCGUACAGCUACUUCUCCCGAGAUGUGGCCAGAAAGGUCACGGGGGUAGUGACGGAUAAAGACGGGAAAGCGCACUAUGUUCUGUCUGGGACGUGGGACGAGAAGAUGGAAUGCUCUCGUGUGAUGCAGAGCAGCAGAGGGGGAGAGAACGGCACCGACGGGCGACAGAAAACCGUCUAUCAGACGCUCAAAGCCAAAGAGCUGUGGAGGAAGACACCGCUGCCGGAAGGUGCUGAAAACAUGUACUACUUCUCGACCCUGGCAUUGACAUUGAAUGAGCCGGAGGAGGGCGUUGCUCCCACGGAUAGCCGGAGGCGGCCGGAUCAGCGUCUGAUGGAGCAGGGCCGCUGGGAAGAGGCCAACGCUGAGAAACAAAGACUGGAGGAGAAGCAGCGCACCGUCCGCCGAGAGAGGGAGAGAGAGGCCAACCACAACGGCAGCCCUGCAGAAGAGGUUAAGGAGCCAGCGGACAGGGCCGAAGAAGUCGAGAUUGCCAGUGAGCCCUCUGAGACCACUUACAAAAGUGGUCACCAGGACAAUUACAAGCCCAUGUGGUUCGAGCGGCAGGUCGACCCGAUGACAGGAGAGCCCACGCACAUCUACAGAGGAGGAUACUGGGAGGCUAAGGAGCAAGGCAACUGGGACACCUGCCCGGAUAUCUUCUGAUCCCUGUCACACACAUGCCCCAAGAUGUCUUCACUGUCCCGAUUCCCGGAAGAUAACAAACAAACGAAAGCUCAGUCAGCUGCCCCUUCUCUUUUCCCGUAUCGUAGUAUAUCGAGAUGCGUGUCCUCUCUUUCGCCAGCCGUGCUCUACUCAGUGGACAGUAAGGGACACCGAAUUGGACACCACCAUCCACUGUGUGUCUCUCUGUUCUCCUCUUGUUCACGGGAUUAUUAAAGAAUAGGGUUCACCAUUCAGUAAACGCUAGCGUUAAGAAAACAUAUCCUUUCCCGCUCCACACAUCUUCCUCAAGCGGUGGACGUCAUAUCCUUAAACAUCCGGGGGAUAUGAAGGCUUGUGUGUGUGUGUGUGUGUGAAUGAGUUCAGAGAAGCACUGUAGUGCUCUUUCUUUUCAUUGAGCAUGUUUGUGUGAAAGAUGAAGUUUAUGAAGAUGAAGAGCUCGCCUUGGUUUGUGGAUUUUAAAGGAAUGGUUUGCGUAAAUAUGAAAGAUCUGUCAUUGCUUACUCACCACCUUAUUUCUUUUGCAAAACAAAUAUGUUUGUGCACAACAUGUCAAGUGCUAAAAAGUAUGAUAAAAGUACCAUUAAAGUACUCUAUGCGAUUUGAGGAGCUAUGUUCCUACUGAAUUUAUACAAUAGCUUUCUGUGAGAAGUUCUUAAAUU